UUAAUAAUAAUCCAUAGGCUCUCUGCUCCUGCAUCCCACUCCACACCUCCUGUGUGCUUCAUUACUAUAUAUAUAUAUAAAGAGAGAGAGAGACCAAGGCAAUCCUCAAUUCACACCAGCGUUCCAAGCAAAAUCACCAGAACCAUCAAUUCCAUCAACUGCUUCAAUAUAUCUAUCGAUCGCUGAUAAUUAUAUUGCUGUAAUGGAAACGGCGAUGCGGCAGCUGUGCCAGCAAGAAGACGGCCUCCGCCUUUGCACGGUGACGGCGGCAGUAGCUGUGCUGGUGUCGGCCUAUGCGGUGUGGUUCUUGGUGCUGACCCGGCGGCUCUCGGGCCCGCGGAUGUGGCCUAUCGUCGGCAGCCUCCCCGGCGUGAUAGCGAACCGGUGGCGCAUCCACGACUGGAUCGCGGAGAACCUGCGGUCGACGGGGGAGGCCGCGACGUACCAGACGUGCGUGCUGCCGCUGCCGUUCGUGGCGCGGCGGCAGGGGCUGGUGACGGUGACAUGCAACCCGCGGAACCUGGAGCACGUGCUGCGCACACGCUUCGACAACUACCCGAAGGGCCCCAUGUGGCAGUCGGCGUUCCACGACCUGCUGGGGCAGGGCAUCUUCAACUCCGACGGCGACACGUGGCUGCUGCAGCGCAAGACGGCGGCGCUGGAGUUCACCACCCGCACCCUGCGGCAGGCGAUGGCGCGGUGGGCGAACCGGUCGAUCAAGACCCGGCUGUGGCGCAUCCUGGGGGACCACUGCGGCGUCGCGGGCGCGGGCGUUGACCUGCAGGACCUCCUCCUGCGCCUGACCUUCGACAACAUCUGCGGGCUCACCUUCGGCAAGGACCCCGAGACGCUGUCCCCCGACAACCCCUUCGCCAACGCCUUCGACGCCGCCACCGAGGCCACCCUGCAGCGCUUUCUCUUCCCGGGCGUCUUCUGGCGGCUCAAGAAGGCUCUGGGCGUGGGCAGCGAGAGGAGCCUCAAGCGGAGCCUGGAGGUGGUGGACCACUACAUGACCGAGGCCAUCGCCGCCCGCAGGCAGACCCCCUCCGACGACCUUCUCUCCCGCUUCAUGAAGAAGGGCGACUUCCCCGCCGACGUCCUGCAGUGGAUCGCCCUCAAUUUCGUGCUCGCCGGCCGCGACACCUCCUCCGUGGCGCUCAGCUGGUUCUUCUGGACCGUCAUGCAGCGGCCCGACGUGGAGCACAAGGUGCUGCGCGAGAUCGCGACGGUGCUGCGGGAGACGCGCGGGGACGACACCGAGCGGUGGACGGAGGAGCCGCUGGACUUCGACGAGCUGGAGCGGCUGGUGUACCUGAAGGCGGCGCUGGCGGAGACGCUGCGGCUCUACCCGUCGGUGCCGCAGGACUCCAAGUACGCUGUGGCGGACGACGUGCUGCCCGAUGGGACGCGAGUUCCAGCCGGCUCGGCCAUCACCUACUCGAUCUAUUCGGUGGGGAGGAUGGAGGGGAUAUGGGGCAAGGACUGCAUGGAGUUCCGCCCGGAGCGGUGGCUGUCCGCCCAGGGGGACCGGUUCGAGCCAGCCAAAGAUGCCUACCGCUUCGUGGCCUUCAACGGGGGGCCGAGGACGUGCCUGGGUAAGGAUCUGGCCUACCUCCAGAUGAAGUCCAUCGCAUCCGCAGUGCUGCUCCGCCACCGCCUCGAGCUCGUGCCGGGCCAUAAGGUGCAGCAGAAGAUGUCGCUUACCCUCUUCAUGAAGAACGGCCUGCGCGUCCACGUCAAGCCCCGAAAUCUCCACAGCUACAUUACAGGCGGCGAGUCUGCGCUGCUGCAGAAUGCUCCCGACGAUACUCUUCCUCCUGUUCUAGAUGCUGCUGCCGCCGCCGCCGCCGCCGCCGCCGCUUAAGUUUUUGCUCCUGCUAGCUGCUGCUGCUAUCUAUAUAUAUUUAUAUAUAUAUAUAUAUAUCUAUAUACAUAUAAGACUGCGAGGGUGAGCAUGCGGUGUGUUUUAAUUUGUGUUUUCUAUGUCUGCUGUGCUGCACGUUUAAUUCGAGUUCACUCACUCUACAGAUGUGAAUGCGUCGUCGUCUUGAGGUCAAUAGCAAAUAUUGAAAUGUAAGUUAUGUAAGGCGUGGAUUUCCAUUAUUUGGUUCUUAAGGUGUUGUUAGCAUGUCGCAACAGCUACAGAAUAUUGUAAUAACACAACAUUGUUUACGACAA